AUGGUACGACGAAAAUCUCAGCCGAGAUCAAAUGUUCAAGUCAGUUCUUCAACACCCAGUGAAAAGUCAGCACGAUCGAGAAGACGCGAAGAUAAACCAUCACGCAAGAGACGCGUAUUAAAGGAUAUUAUAUAUCUUAAAAAGACCACGCAUCUACUUAUACCAAGAGCUUCGUUUCUUCGUUUAGUUAGACAAGUCUUUAUAGAAUUAUAUUCCCAUAUAUAUAGAAUACAAGUGAUUGCAUUAGAGGCACUGCAAGAGGCGUUAGAAAUGUAUAUGGUACAAUUUUUCGAAGAUUCAUUGUUGCUAACCAGUCAUGCGAAACGUGUUACACUUCAGUGGGAAGAUAUGAUCUUGAACCGACGAUUAAGAGGUCGAGCUGACAUUAUCAACAAAUAA